UUCAUGAGACAUGAUGUUGCAUGGGUGGUUCCAUUUCCAUCUCCAAACCGGCAAGAAGAACAAGAGAAGGAACCAACCAAGCUUCUCUCCUCCUUCUCGCGGCGGAGUAGGAGGUGGUAGUGGUAGUGGUGGUGGCGGUUGCCAUAUGUUUUAUAAUGUCUUCCUGUAAUGGCGGCACAACACCACCCUUAAACGUCACCAUGGUGGUCGUAGAUAAAGACAAGUACAGUGCCCAUGCCUUUCGUUGGGCAACAAAUUAUAUGGAGAACCAAGUCAUCAUCGCAGUUCAUGUCAAGCAUAAAAACAUGCCUCAUCAGGGCACCAAUGUUUUACCUCCCAACAAAGAUGAGGUAGCUAGUAUUUUCAAUCCCUUACGUCAAAUGUGUCAUCACAAAGUUGUUAAGAUGAAAGAAGCUGUAAUCGAUGAUAGUGAUAUUGUAAGAGGAGUUUUGGAAUAUGUAGAGAGGAAUCACAUCCAAACUAUUGUUCUUGGUGCACCCUCCUCAACCAAGAAUGCUUUGGUGAAGUCUUUUAGCCUCAGAACCGGAAGCAAAAAAUUGAAAGGGGGCCAAGAUGUGCCAGCAGCCAUAAUCCAAUCAGCCCCAGAAUAUACUUCUGUGUACGUGAUUUCAAAAGGGAAAAUAGUGGCAGCUAGACAAGGAAAACAACCAUUUCAACGCUCACCUAGUGAAUCAGAAAAAGGAGUAAGAGCUCAAGCAAUUAGAAGAGGGAGCACAAAUUGUAGAUCAUCAAGAUCAUCUGCAUAUGAGACUCCAAGGAGUUCUUCAGUUAACCACACAAGGGAGAGCUCUGAUGUAUGCUACAACUUAAGCUUGAGCAAAACUGAGUCUUCAGGAUCACACAAGUUUGAUUCAGUGGAUAUAUACAAAAAAGAUGGAUAUACACGCUCUUCAUCUGAUUCCCAAUCUUCUGGAGAUGUGGAAUCUGAAAUGAAAGUAUUGAGGCUCAAACUAAAGCAAACAAUGGAAAUGUACAACUCAGCUUGCAAAGAAGCUAUCUCAGCCCAAAACAAGGCUAAAGAGAUUAAUCAAUGGAAGUUGGAGGGGGCACGAAAGGUUGAGGAAGCUAAGUUGUCUGAAGAAGCAGCUCUUGCACUAGCAGAAGAGGAGAAGGCUAAAGCCAUCGCCGCGUUGAAAGCCACGGAGGAAGCCAUGAAAAAGGCUGAAGAGGAGGCACUAAGAAGAUUACAAGCUGAAAGGAAGGCUAGGAGAGAGGAAGAAGAAAAGGUUCGGGCAUUAACCGUGUUGGCUCAGAAGGAUAUUCGAUAUAGAUUAUACACCAUAGAUGAGGUUGAAAAUGCUACUCAAAACUUCUCCAUGUCAAUGAAACUAGGUGAAGGUGGAUAUGGACCUGUGUUUAAAGGCCAACUUGAUCAUACCCCAGUUGCAAUCAAGCUCUUAAACCCAGAUGCUCAUCAGGGUAGGAAACAGUUCCAACAAGAGGUUGAGAUACUAUCCAACAUAAGGCAUCCCAAUUUGGUCCUUCUCCUUGGUGCAUGUCCUGAUUAUGGAUGCCUAGUGUAUGAAUUCAUGGAGAAUGGAACCUUAGAGGACAGGUUAAUGCGAAAACAAAACACUCCACCAAUCCCAUGGAGGAAGCGUUUUGAGAUAGCUGCAGAGAUUGCAACUACACUCCUUUUCCUUCACCAAUCAAAGCCAGAGCCCCUCGUUCACCGUGACCUCAAACCUGGAAACAUUCUCGUGGAUCGGAAUUACGUGAGCAAAAUCAGCGACGUGGGGCUAGCGCGAUUAGUCCCAGCCUCAGUCGCUGAUUGUGUCACGCAGUACUACAUGACUUCAGCUGCUGGAACCUUUUGUUACAUUGAUCCUGAGUACCAGAAAACAGGGAUGUUAACUCCAAAAUCAGAUAUAUAUUCAUUGGGGAUUGUUCUGCUGCAGAUAAUCACAGCCAAGCCUCCAAUGGGGCUAACUCAUCAUGUGAAAAGUGCAAUUGAUAAAGGAAGGUUUUUAGAUAUUCUUGACCCUGCGGUGACUGAUUGGCCAGUGAAAGAGGCUUUGGCAUUUGCUAAACUCUCACUGAGUUGUGCUGAACUUAGCAAGAAGGAUAGGCCAGAUCUUGCAUCAGUUAUUGUGCCAGAGCUUAAUCGUUUAAGAGAUUACGGGAAUAAGCAAAAUUCAAAACCAUAGCCACACACCACAGCCUCCUGCAAAGAGUCCAGAUUCAAAGACAUAGAACAGAUUCAAUUUAGUAUAUUGGCUUAAUUACUCGUCAUGUUUGUGUAGAAACAUUUACUUUGAACUUCUUUUCCAACCAGGAUUGUUGUGUUGUGAAUGUGAAA